AUGGCCGCCGAGCUCGGGGAGAAAUUGCUCGGCGAGGUGCACGAAGAACGAUUAGACGAGCUCCUGCAUGACCUGCGAACCAUCUACGAGAAUGUCGAGGAUGGUGCUCUGAGACAUCCACUGGGUGUUACGGAGAUCGAUGACUUGCUGGAUGUGUUCAUGCAGAGGACCCCUGUGCAACCGGUCCAGGGACAUCCGGAUCUGCCGCCAUUGGAAGAGACCGACCCUGCUAUGGACGAUGGCGAAGGCGAAGACGAGGAAUAUGCUCAUGAUCAGGAACACGACCCUGCUCAAGAUGAUAUCCCCAUGAAUGCGCCCUCGUGGGAGGAUGUUCCCGCGCCAACUCACGUCCCUCGCGACACGGUUCUCGAAAUAUCAAGUACCUCGUCCGCGGCCGGGAAGUCUCAGUUACUAUACUAUCUCGCAGCCAUGGCGGUCUUGCCGGCCAUGUUCGCUGGACAGAGGUUAGGAGGGCAUGAAUCUGCCAUUGUCUUCUUUGACACGGACGGUAGAUUUGAAGCCGACAGACUACGAACUAUCGCUCGCGGUAUCGUGCACGAUCGAUUUCCACAAUGCUUCGGACUCGAACCACACAGUGAGUCUGCACCAUCACCGUCUAACCCAGACCUCGAAUCCAUACUCUCCUCAUCCCUCCAACACGUCCACGUCUUCCGCCCUGAGACCUCAUCAGCCCUUCUGGCCACCCUCCACCAUCUUGAGACCUACCUCUUCGACCUCCCCCGCCACUUCUCAUCGUCCCGUCCCCUCCAUGCCAUCUUCAUCGACAGCGCCGGCGCCUUCUUCUGGCAGGACAAACUGCACGACGAGGUCGCUCGCACCGAGGAGAUCGGUCGUCCGCAUGCCGAGAUCGAACGUGAUCGUGCCCUCUUGCAGAGCUUCUAUCUUGCUGAUCUCUAUGCUGAGAUUGUUGCUAGGUUGAAGGAAUUGCAGACGUUGUUUAGCUGCGCUGUUGUCUAUACGAGUACUGCGUGGAACCGAGGGACUGUGCCAGGUACGGGUACUGGUGCCGGUGCCGGUGCCAGUGCAAGUGCAGGCGAGCGGUAUGGAUCUCAUCGUCCCUCCGGCCCAUUCGAGUUGUAUAAUCCGGUGGAAGAGAUGGGGUCUUCAGGGCCUCCGGGUCCAGCGUUUCGGUCACCGCUUCCGCCGCCUUGGGGCGUUUUCCCGGAUCUGAGGCUUGUGGUGCAGAGGGAUCGCGUGAGGGCGUUUCCAGACUCGUUGACAGCGGUGGCGGCGCAGGGGGAGCAGGCGGCGUUGAGGAGAGAGGUCGUCCUGCAGGGGAGGUUCCUGGUCUGGGUCAAUGGCUGGGGGAAAGAGAAUUGGCCGAGAAGAGUGCGCGAGGGUCUUGAGAGGAGGAAUGGUGGGAUGUUUGGCUUUCGGGUUACGAGGGAUGGUGUGUGGUUUACUUGA